GUCUGCUACUCCGUCGUCGUCUGCUGCUGCUCCUCCAAACCAGUCGCGAAUUCGCCCGCGUGCGGCACGCUUUGGGACAGGCUGCUGCUGCUGCUGCUGCAACGACGCCUUCUCGCAGACUCCCGUUUACCCGCGCGCGCGACACACACCGCUUCGGGAGACGACCACUCGCGACUUCUUGUGUCUCUUGUUGCUCGUUCUCCACGCGGUGAAGCACCGCCAAGUUUAAGUUCACGGCGUCAGUCACACCGCCAGCCUUCUCCGCUCGUGUUGCUUGCUCGCUCUCUUUCCGUACCACGCGGAUCCCCCCGUUGUUGAUCUUUUUUGCCCCCUUUGCUCGUCAAGUUUUCCCGGGCGCCAGUUCUGCUGGAGCGGUGCCGACCUUCACGUGGGCUGUUUGUGCAGCGUCCGUCCAAAAAGCCAGCCACUCGGAUGCCGAAAGGAGAAGCGGCGUGAUGGGACCACGCGCUAAGCGGUCCACCGCGGACGUAUUUGUGUGCUCGACGAAACACUUUCACCGUUGCCUGAACGAGUGAGCGAGGAGGAGGAGGAGGAGGACUCGGCGCGCCGUGGUUUGUGCGAGAUUCAUUCUAGUGCCGGGGCGGUGCACGGCUGGACCACGCUUCGGCGGUUUUGUUUCGAUUUGUGCCGGUGCUUCGACGAAAAGUGCUCGCCCGGGGCAAGCCCGCGGACGGAUCCCGGAUUUUUCCGACGGCCCACCGCCCGAACCGUUGAGGCGACAUGGAUUACUGGAAGCAGGCGAUGGAGAACGCCCUGCACUCCCGCGACCGGGUCGGGGUGCAGGACUUCGUGCUGCUCGAGGACUUCGAGAGCGAGCAGGCCUUCGUGGAGAACCUCCGGAAGCGCUUCACCGAGGACCUCAUCUACACCUACAUUGGGCCCGUACUGGUCUCGGUGAACCCAUACCGGCGCGUCGACAUAUAUAGCGACGACUACGUCAACCUCUACCGGAAUGCCAACUUCUACGAACUGCCGCCGCACGUGUUCGCCAUAUCCGACGCCGCCUACACGAGCAUGCACGAGGAGUGCCGCGACCAGUGCAUCCUCAUCUCGGGCGAGAGCGGCGCGGGCAAGACCGAGGCCUCCAAGAAGGUGCUGCACUACGUGGCCGCCGCCAGCCACCACUCGGACGCCGUCGAACGCGUCAAGGACAAGCUGCUACAGUCCAACCCGGUGCUUGAGGCUUUUGGUAAUGCCAAGACAAACCGGAAUGACAAUUCCAGUCGAUUUGGCAAAUACAUGGACAUCGAGUUUGACUACUUGGGUGCCCCCGUGGGAGGUCAUAUCCUUAACUACCUGCUGGAGAAAUCUCGUGUGGUGCAGCAAGGUUCAGGCGAGCGCAACUUCCACAUCUUCUACCAGCUCAUUGCAGGCGCUGAGGAUGCACUCCUCGAGAAGCUGUCUCUGCGUAGGGACCCCACGUUCUACUAUUACCUCAACCAGGGAGACAGCACAGAAGUGUUUGGAGUUGAUGAUACAACUCAGUUUAGAGUUGUCAGGGAUGCCCUAUCAGUGAUUGACUUUUCACUCAAGGAAGAAGAGGAAAUAUUUUCUAUAGUCGCUACAGUCCUGCACCUUGGCAACACGGGAUUUGUCGAGGAGAAUGGUGAAGCCAUUAUUGCACAGGACAAGCCUGUUGCAGCCAUUGCAAAAUUGCUGUGCUGUCCUGAGGAAGUUCUGAGAGAUGCUUUGACGAAUCGGACAAUUGAAGCAAGAGGAGAGCUGGUGACAACACCGCUGAACCGUGAUCAAGCCAUCUAUGCCCGAGACGCACUGGCCAAAGCAAUCUAUGAACGCCUCUUCAAAUGGCUGGUCGAAAAAAUAAACCAGUCAUUAAAGCCCCUGAAGACUCGCUCAUCUGAACGGAGGACUUUGAUGGGUUUGCUGGACAUCUAUGGAUUCGAGGUCUUCAAGAAAAACAGCUUUGAGCAGUUUUGCAUCAACUACUGCAACGAAAAGCUGCAGCAGCUUUUCAUUGAGCUCACGCUGAAGUCCGAACAGGAGGAGUACUACAGAGAAGGAAUUGAGUGGACGCCAAUCAACUACUUCAACAACAAAGUCAUCUGCGAUCUUGUGGAGGAAAAGCACAAGGGGAUCAUCUCUUUGUUGGACGAGGAGUGUCUCAGGCCUGGUGGUGCCACAGACAAGACAUUUCUCUUCAAGAUGGAACAGACCAUUCGCAUGCAUCCUCACUUUGUUACCCAUAACCUUGCAAGCAACAAGCUGAAGAAGAACAUUGGAAGGGAUGAGUUCCGCCUCAUCCAUUAUGCUGGUGAUGUCACCUACAAGAUAGAAGGAUUUCUUGACAAGAACAAUGACUUGCUGUUCCGUGACUUAAAGAAAGCAAUGGCUGGGGCUGGCAACAGCAUCAUCAAGGAUGCUUUUCCAGAGUCUGAACUUCUGAGCAAGAAACGACCACCCACAGCAGCCACACAGUUCAAGCUGAGUUUGCAGGAACUGAUGGAGAUCUUGAUGUCCAAAGAGCCUUGGUAUGUGCGUUGCAUCAAACCAAACGACUACAAGCAGGCAUCCAAGUUUGAUGAAAAGGUUGUUGGCCACCAAGUGCAAUACUUGGGCCUUCUGGAGAACCUGAGGGUGCGCCGCGCCGGCUUUGCCUACCGACGGCGGUACGAGACUUUUCUGGAGAGGUACAAGUGCCUCUGCCCCGAGACUUGGCCCAGGUACCGUGGUGGGACUGCCAAGGAAGGUGUGGCUGUCCUAAUCAAGCACCUUAACUAUGCCUCUGAAGAGUACUCCAUGGGACACACCAAGCUUUUCAUUAGGUUCCCAAGAACGUUGUUUGAAACAGAGGAUGCAUUUCAGCAGAAGAAGCACUACUUGGCAUCUGUCAUUCAAGCAGAAUUUCGAUGCUACUCUGCGAGAAAGAAGUACCUGAAGAUGCGGAAAGCAGCGAUUCUGAUUGAGAACUCUUGGCGGAGGUACCAAGCUCAGUGCCUGCUGGAAAAAAGGAGGAAUGCAGCAACCGUCAUCAGGAGAUUCAUCAAGGGCUUCAUCACAAGGAAUGAGCCAGAGAACGAUGUGAAUGCAAGGUUUGUGCGGCAAGUGCGAGUGGAGUUUCUGAGGAGGCUGGCAGCAAACCUGCCCAAGAGCGUCCUGGACAAGACGUGGCCCAAUGCACCACUGGUGUGCAAAGAGGCCUCCGAGCUUCUGCAUGACCUUCACCGCAAGUGGCUGGUGAGGAAGUACUGCAGGUCCGUCACUCCGAAGAGGAAAGCACUGAUGGAGUGGAAGGUGGAAGCUGAGGCUUUGUUUGACGGCAAGAAGCAGAGCUACAAGAAAUCGGUGCCGCAGGAGUUCCAGGAGAACAGGCUGUCUCAGGAGCUGGAACUCAGGAGAGAGAACAUGUUUGAGAAGUCUGUCAAACACCAGGGUGAGGUGACUAUGUACUGCCUGGAGGUGACCAAGUAUGACAGACAUGGCUACAAGCCACGUGACCGAGUGCUCGUCCUGACCGAUGCUGCCCUCUAUUUGCUGGACCGAAAGGACUUCCGCUCCAAGCAUCGCAUUCCCCUCAAAUCACUCGAGGGAAUCACUGUGAGCAGCUUGACAGAUGGCCUGGCUCUGUUCAGGAUACCACAAGAAAUGAAGCAGGACAAGGGAGACCUCAUAGUUGACAUGGGGUCCCACUUGGUGGAAGCGGUAUCCAAGAUUGCCAUGGCCUAUGGCCACAGGAACAUCGUCUCUGUCGACAAGAACAACUGCGUGGACCACAGGCUCUGUGGCGGCAAGCAAGGAACAAUAGACUUCAACAUGGGAGCCAACCCUGAAAUCAUCAAGGGAAAGAAUGGCCAUCUCAUAGUGGUUGCCAUGGCUGCGCCUGAGCAAUGCUGACCGACCGGUGCGCGUGGACUUGCCGAGUCACUGAGUACUCGUGCUUUCUGUCGAAGGAAAAGCCACGGCAUCACCCUUUUUCUUUUCAGCACAGUUGCGACUUUAGUGAUGCACCACAGCAGCACGCUGCCGCUCUGCUGAAGGACACGAGUUGUGUUGCCACCGCGUGCCUUGUUUUGUUAGAGUUGAGCACUUAUUUUUGUUAGCCUACAAAGUGUACAAAAGACAUGCAUACAUCCCUACUGCUCGUAACACACUUCCUUUUUGUCAAGUGCCAUGACUUUUCUUGCGAUGCUGUAUGUAUUAAAUGAUAGAGUGAAACGAGAAAAACUGCACAUACUUAAGCGAAGCAAUUGCAAUGUUUGUGACGCAACUAAAUUUGUUUCUCUCGGAUGCUAUGUUGUGUUGACAAUCACUUUAUAGACGUGCAUUUGCGACGAGCUGUAAUUGUUAAUAGACAAUGAUGCUGUAGUAAUAUUUAUGAUGAAUAAUGAGGAAGGUACUGUGAUAUAAUCAUGACAUCGAUUGUCCACUGUUUAUCUGUUUUUCUUUUUGCAAUAAAAACUUAUCAUGCACCAUA